AAACAUUUGCAAACGUAGAAAUAUCAAAAACGUCACCGAUCCCGCUGGAAAUCCGUCAGCAGAAAUAUAUGACCUCCGAAUUGAGCCCAGAGGCACCUGUUUACAUUCCUCCUCCAUUGAGAAAUGCUGCAACCCCUAAAUCCAGUCCUUCAAGUACUAAGAGUACCCCUCGCAGUUCGCCGAACACAAGUGGGUCAAUACCUAGUCCACUAGUCAAAGAACCACAGUGUUCCAGAUAUUCAAGAAGAUCUGUACGCUACACAAGCAGUACGCCAAACAGUCCAAGGCCCAUCCUGGGUACGAAAAGUCCAUUCCCCAGACCGAUAUUGGGUAGAAGAAGUGACACUCAUAAAGACGAAUUGGAAGAAUACAUUGGCAAAGAGUUCAGAUCUAUGACAAGAAGUUUUUCCAAAAUGAAAACCAAUGAUGAACAAGAAAAUAAAGAAAAAACAGAGACGACCAGUGAGGUUGGUGAAGAUGGUGAUACAUGUUAAUAAAUCUUAGAGUUUCUGAUUGUAAUUAAAUUGUUUUCGUAAGAGAAUACGCUAUUUUAAACUUGGUUAUGAGUGUCUUUAUUUCUCUAUAUAAACUGUAAUAUAACAUGUCAGAAGGGUCAGUAUACGGUGGUAAAAAUAUUGAAGCUCCUUCAUCCCAAGUUUUAUAAUAAAAGCAUGGUUUUAACAGCAAGAGGGAACGAGGUUGUACUACGCGUUUAUGAUAAAACCCGAGUCGGAAGAGUUUCAAUGUCGUUAUAGAUCGACAUUUUCCAAUCGGAAAAAAGUUAUUGCUAAGUUCUUAU